AAACACAACCCUUCCAGACAGUGAAGUCAGUUGAAAUCAGAGGUGACAUAUAAUCUUACGAUGCCUUUGUAAAGCCGAUAAGUUUCUUAGCAAGGCGUACAUUGUAAAUGACUUUCAGUGGUUGUAAUGAACGUCUCUUAUCACAGCUUUUGAAGUGUGAAGAAGGCCCACAUUUGGAAAGUGGGCGAGGAAGGCAUGGCAGAGUUCUGGCUGAUUUCAGUUCCCCUGGACAAAGUCAGUUCACAAGCUUUGGAAAAGCUUAAAAGGGCCACAGUCAAAGCCAGCCUGGGAAGCUACUUCAGAUUCCACAUCCCAGAGCUGAAGGUAGGCACACUGGAUGUGUUGCUUAGUGUGUCUGAUGACCUCUCCAGACUGGACUCCUACACAGAAGGUGUAAUGCGGAAAACGAUUCAGUGUAUGGCAGAGCUCAUGGAACAAUCUAGUGACAAGCUCAUGGAGAAUGCUCUGGCUAAUGGAGGAAUAUCGGCACAUCGUAAAGUUCCACAGUCGCCACUGAAAAUGUAUUUCCAAGCCUUGCGGGUGGAUCUGACUACAUAUAUGACCAAGUUCCAGUGGGACAGAGCCAAAUAUUCUACUGCCCUGCCGCUUAAAACACUCACUGAUCUUAUCUUCAAGCAAGUGGCCCAGGUCGAGACGGAGCUGAAGUCUCGUAAUGCUGCGUACAGUGAUGUGAAACUCAGACUGCGAGCCCUUGAGCAAAAAAACGAGGGAAGUCUGCACACCAGAGCUUUGACUGGCAUUGUGAAAAAAGAGGACUUGGUCCUCAACUCUGAGUAUCUCACCACUUUAGUGGUUGUGGUGCCCAGGACAUGCAUUAGGGAGUGGGAAAACACCUAUGAAUCCAUGUCCCAGUUUGUGGUUCCUCGCUCCAGCAGGAAGUUGCUGGAGGACGAGGAUGCUGGGAUUUUCACAGUGACACUCUUCAAGAAUGCUGUAAAUGAAUUCAAAGCCAAUGCCAAAAGGCACAGAUUUGCAGUACGAGACUUCAACUUAGAGGAAGCAGAGUGGCAACAACAGGAGAUGAGCCGCCUCAGCAUUGAUAAGAAAGAACAGUAUGGAAUAUUUGUGCGCUGGCUGAAGGUGAAUUUUAAUGAAGCAUUUGUGGCCUGGAUCCACAUUAAGGCCCUCAGAGUGUUUGUUGAGUCAGUCCUCAGGUAUGGCCUGCCAGUCAGUUUCCAGGCUCUCCUGCUCCAGCCACAGAAGAAGCAGGUAAAACGGCUACGAGAGGAGCUCAACUCUGUAUUCACACACCUGGACCCCAUGGCUGUGGCUGGAAAACAGGAUGUGGGACUUGACAUUGCAGAAGUUAACGUAGGACAGCAGGAAUACUACUCCUACAUUUAUUACCCAAUCAGCAUUAACCUAGUGGACUCCAGCUAGCAGAUAUGGACUAAAAAAAACAGACUCAUACAUCAUGCCCAUGUGACCCAGGCAAAGAUUUCAAAAUGGCAAAACCUACUCCAUAGGUGAUUUCAGGUUUUUUUGUCACCGGAGGACAUUCAAGACGAAUUUAAAGGAAGAUUGUAACCAGCAACAUAACACACAAGGACUGAUUAAUUCACUGGCUUGAAUGCACACUUACUCACUGUGUAGUCAAGUUAAAAGAAGCUCAAGCUAUGAUCAGAAUUUUUACCCGCUCAGAAAAGUGGGAAUGUUGUUUUUAACCUACAGGGUGUCCCAAAAUUCUCCAUACACAGGGGACUAUGUUUGCCAGCACCAUGUCGGUAGUGCCUUCUUCAGUGGAAGUUCGUUGACGUUCACUUCUCGGUUGGUCUGCAACACUUCCAUUCUUUUUGAAUUUGUUAGUAAGGUUGGCAACAGUGUCGUGUAUGAUAUGCUUGCCAUGUUUCCUGUUAACCCUCUACUGCAUGAAUUAUUACAUCUACAUCAAAAAAUGUUUUUUUUAGGGAUUUUUAUUACUUGAAUCAGUUAGGGUAGUUGCCGCAUGGCAACAAUGUGCAAUGGUGGAAAGUAUCAUGUGGUCGAAAAUAACACAAAAUGUCUGAAAUUACAACAGUUUAUCUUAAAUUAAAUGUGAAAAAAUGUAAAUAUUCUAUUAGAGAAGCAUAGUGUCUUUUUUUCUGUGUAGGCCUGUUUCAAUUCAUGAAUGCACAUACUACCGUUCCAUUAUAUCAUGUUGUUGCCAUAUGGCAACAAUUACAUUUGACCAUUUAACAGAAUACUCCAAAUACAUAAACAUGUUUAAAUGACAAAAAAUAAAUGUUAACUUCUCACUUAGUGUUGCAAUUGUUUUCCUUUUAAGUAGUUUUGCAUAAUAUUGGAAAAAUGGAUAAAAUUCUGAGAGCCCUCUGAUGCUGACCGUCACCAUGCCAUGUGAUUGCAGAAAA